AUGGCACCCUCACUUAACCUAAGUGCAACCUUAAACAUAUCCAGAUUGUUAUACAACCCUGGUUUGUGUCUUCCCCAUAUAACCUUUAAAUCAUUUGACCAAUUGGCUCUCCCGUUUCAAAUUCCCAGCCAUCCUAAUGUUAAGAUAAAGGGAGUUGUUUUGGACAAAGAUAAUUGUUUUGCAAAAGACCACGACGACAAGGUCUGGCCGGCCUAUGAGUCAACAUGGCAGAAACUUAAAGCACUUUAUCCUCGUGAGCAUAUACUUAUAGUCAGCAAUUCAGCAGGAACAGAUGAUGAUAAGAAUCACGCCCAGGCAAAGAUCUUAGAGGAAAACACUAGGGUAAGUGUGCUUCGUCAUUCAAUAAAGAAACCCGGCUGUUUAGACGAAAUUAAGCAAUACUUUGCCCACCAAAACAUCAAACCCAACGAAAUAGUCGUUGUUGGCGAUCGUCUAUUUACUGAUAUGGUUAUGGCAAAUAUGAUGGGCAGCUGGGGGUGCUGGAUAAGUGAAGGUGUGGAAUUGAGUGGAAAGGUGUUUCCCAAAAUGGAGAGGGAUUUGUAUUCGAAAUUGGUAUUGAAUAGAAAGGAUAACCCAUGGACCCCACCAAUUCCUUCAAACCCAGAUGGAGCUCCAUCUGACAUGUGA